UUUAAUGACGCACACUAGAAAAAGUGCCGCCCCGUAGCUCGCGCAUAAAACGGCGCAGAGUGAAGCAGUGAGAUCGAAGCGCAUCGUCCAGCCGCAAAGUAACGCCGCAAAGACGCAGAGAUGGCUCUUGACAUUGGCACUUGGAACCUUGAAUGUGAGUUCAACAACACAAGCCAUCGCACAGAGCUGAACGGCACUGAUCGCCUGAUUGUGAGGAGAGGACAGCCAUUCAGCAUCACUCUCAACCUCCGCUCUGACUCCUACGAGCCUGGAGUCCAUCAGCUCCACUUCGUAGCAGAGACAGGACCAGAUCCUGUGGACCAGUAUGGGACCAAGGCUGUUUUUGGUCUAAGUGAUGAUAUUGAUGAUACUCAAUGGAGCGCUUCAGUAACCAGUCCUCCUGGGGACACGGUUUCCUUGUCUAUCUGUUCUGCUCCUGAUGCACCAAUUGGCCGCUACACUGUGACUCUGGACGGCAGGAUUAAGUUUGAAUUGAUACUACUGUUCAACCCCUGGUGCCCUCGAGAUGCAGUGUACAUGAACAGAGAGGAGAAUCUGGAAGAAUAUGUUUUGGCUCAGGACGGGAUCAUCUACAGGGGAGAUGCCAGAUAUCCCAUACCUUCAGCAUGGUACUUUGGCCAGUUUGAAGAAGGCAUUCUGGAUGCGUGUCUAAGAAUUCUGGAUGUGAACCCGAAAUGCCAGAGGAACCCUGGGAAAGAUUGUUCUGGUCGCAGAAAUCCUAUUUAUGUCACCCGAGUUCUUAGUGCUAUGGUGAACAGUAAUGGUGAUAAUGGGGUACUGGAAGGCUGCUGGAAUCAAACAUUUGUAGGUGGAGAAAGUCCCAUGUCAUGGAUAGGAAGUGUGGAGAUUCUUAAGAGAUGGCACUCCAAUGCAUGUCGGCCUGUCCGCUUUGGCCAGUGUUGGGUGUUUGCUGCUGUUGCCUGCACUGUGUCUCGAGCGCUGGGUAUCCCCUGCAGAGUGGUGACUAACUACCUAUCAGCCCAUGACACCAACAGCAACCUGGUGAUUGAGCGUUAUGUGGAUGAAAAUAGCCAGCUGCUAAAUAAAACCAAAGAUUCGAUCUGGAACUACCAUUGCUGGGUGGAGAGCUGGAUGACACGUCCUGAUCUGAAAGCAGGCUUUGAUGGCUGGCAGGCCAGUGACCCCACACCCCAGGAAAAGAGCGAGGAGGUGUACUGCUGUGGGCCUGUCCCACUUAAAGCCAUUAAAGAGGGAGAACUCCUGUUGAAGUAUGAUGCUCCCUUUGUGUUCUCGGAGGUAAAUGCAGAUGUGGAGACCUUUCUAAAGUGCAAAGAUGGCAGCACCAGUAAGAUUGUCAGUGCUACUGAGGUUGGGCAGAAAAUCAGCACUAAGAGUGUUGGAAGUGACAAACGAGAGGACAUUACACACCUUUACAAGUACCCAGAAGGGUCUUCUGAGGAGCGAGAGACAUUUAAAAAAGCCAACCAUCAAAACAAACUCCUGCAACAAUCAGACAACCUUGGUCUGCAUGUCAUCAUCAAGGUCUCCCCAGAGAUGAGGAAGGGCUGUGAUUUUGAUGUCUUUGCCUUGGUUUCCAACCAGUCAUCGGAGUUAAAGAAGUGCCGUCUGGUGUUUUCUUCCUUUGCCAUGUCUUAUUAUGGAAAAAUAGGGCAGGAAUGUGGCUUUAAAGACCUACUCAAUGUUGAGUUACCACCGGGAGGAGAGCGGAAGGUCCCACUGAGGCUGAACUACAAUAAAUACUGCAACGCAAUAACCCAUGACAACCUGAUCCGCUUGGGUGCUCUGCUGAUAGACUACAGCACCGGAAAAAGAAUUCUGGAAAUGCGUACUAUUGUCCUUGAAAACCCAGAGAUCAAGAUUAAGAUCCUAGGAGAACCCAAAGAGAACCGUAAACUGGCUGCGGAAAUCACGGUGCAGAACACACUGCCAGAGCCUUUAGAUGCAUGCUGCUUCAGCAUUGAGGGAGCCAACCUCACUGCAGGGAAGACCAUCACUGAGAGGAUUUCAUCCCGUAUUGAACCUGGACAAGAAGCGAAGGUUAAAAUCUACUUCACACCCACCCAUUUUGGUUUGCGCAAACUCCUGGUGGAUUUUAACAGCGACAAACUUGGUCACGUAAAAGGGUUCAGGAAUGUUAUCAUCGGCAAAUAAAGGCUCUUGAUCACUCCAAUACUUGCUUUAGUUAAAACCAAAUGAAAAUUGCAGAUGUUGUAGAUCAAGAAUGUUAUAAGCCUUUUCUGGGUCAUUUCUGGGCACAUGCAUAACUGUAUGGAAAAGAAAACUUUUGCACCAAAAUCAUUUCGUAUUAAGCCAACAUACUGUACGUUUUCAUUUUAAUCAGCAAUUAAACCCUGACUAGUUUUGUUUUGAACUACAUGAGACAGAAUUUAAAAUACUGGAUGUUUUGGGCGUUUUUAUCCAUUUUGUUGCUAUGGCUUAUUCAUUGUCCCUAUCACAAACUGUCUCUAAAUGGUACCUAUGCUUUAUAUGUAAAAAAGGCAUUUUGUUAGAAUAUUCUCUAAAACAAGUAAGCGCCCUUUCUACAUACACUGGCAUAUAAACCAGGCAGGAGAGUGAAGACUGAAAACAUUUUCAGUCAGACUAUAUGGCUUAUAUAUCUUUCAUAGAUUUCCUGGAAGGCUACACUGCAAUAAUUUUAUAAACAUGUUGCUAUCAUAUAAUCAAGAGCCUUAUACUAGAGCUUUACAUCCAACAUAAUGCUUGAAGCUUUCUUUCUACUUGACAUGAAUGUCUACAGUAUAUACAAAAAAAUAUAAGAUUUUUCCAUAAAGAUGCUUAAACUCAGUUAGUGUGCACUUAUUAUAGUACUGUUUAAUCCAUGUAUUUUUUUUGUGAAGCAGUUACUCACCAUUUAAUUCUUAUAUCAUUGGGAAGGGUGCUUUUAAUCAGUUUACUGAAAUUGAAACUUACUUUCAUGUAUUUGAAACAAAACUGUACGUACUGUACGUUAUAUUUCCAUGUAAUGGGCAAGACAUGUAAACAGUUAAAUGAAUCAAUCAUUUUAAUAAAGUUAAUCAAUGUAUAAAAAA